AAAGCUUAGACUUCCCUCCCCCUCUCUCUCUCUGUAAAACCCUAAAAUCACACCCAAUCAAUCGAUUCUUCCCUCCUCUCUCUAAAGUUUUUCCUUUCUCUCUUAACAACAAACAAAUUGAAUCUUCUCCUUGACUCAUUGAUUUCUCUGUAAUUCUUCAUAGUUUCCCCUCAUUCUUCAAAGAUCUCUCCGAUUUUUCCGUUCAGAAUUGAGUUUCUUAUCCAAAUUUUCUUGUGCUUUACAUAGAAAAGAUAUUUUCUGUUGGUGAUAUUGAGGGCAAAGAAGGCUGGCUAUUGGUGCAGAAGUCAGGUGAAUGGCGGAUACGCCGAAUCUUCGCCCACUACAAUUUAUCUUGGAUUGUUCUCACUUAAAAGUAGUUGCAGUAGUGUUGAGAAAAAGAAAAGAGUGCGUUAACUUCAAUAUUUGUCAAGAAGGAGAACAAUGCUGAGUGUGGUGCGGGUGCAUCUCCCGUCCGACAUUCCCAUAGUAGGCUGUGAACUUACGCCCUAUGUUUUGUUGCGUCGUCCUGAUUCGUCACUCAUUUCUGAUGAUAUCCCUGAAUCCGCCCCUAUUCAAGGCUGUUUCUUGAGAUAUAAAUGGUACCGAAUACAAAGUGAUAAACAAGUUGCCAUCUGCAGCGUCCAUCCAUCUGAGCAAGCUACGUUGCAGUGCCUUGGAUGUGUGAAGGCCAAAAUCCCUGUUGCCAAGAGUUACCAUUGCUCCUCAAAAUGUUUCUCAGAUGCAUGGCAGCAUCAUCGUGUUCUGCAUGAACGUGCUGCUAGUGCUGUGAAUGAAAAUGGAAAUGUGGAGGAAGAUACAGGAUCUGGUGUUAAUACAAGCUUGACUUCUUCGCAAUCAAGCAGUAGCUUGCCAACUGGAACCACACCUUUAUAUCCUGUGGUAGUAACUCAAAGAAAUGGUGGUGAAACCUGGUUUGAAGUUGGACGCUCUAAAACUUACACCCCAUCUGCAGAUGAUAUUGGUCACAUCCUUAAAUUUGAAUGUGCUGUCAUCAAUGCAGAAACAAAAUUAUCUGUUGGAAAUGCUAGUACCGUGACGUCUCGAGUGAUUCCAGCUCCAUCUCCCACUCCACGUCGCUUGAUUUCAGUUAGUGGAGUUGAUAUACCAGUGCAUCUGGACUUAGAUAGUCGUUUAUCAUCUUCAGGAACUUUUACUGUGCUCUCAUACAACAUUCUGUCUGAUGCAUAUGCUACAAAUGAAUUGUACUGUUAUUGCCCCUCUUGGGCCCUUUCUUGGACUUACCGGAGACAAAAUCUAUUGCGUGAAAUAGUUGGCUACCGUGCAGACAUUGUUUGCCUUCAAGAGGUUCAGAGUGAUCACUUUGAGGAAUUCUUUGCUCCUGAGCUGGACAAACAUGGUUAUCAAGCUCUGUUCAAAAGAAAAACAACUGAGGUGUUCAGUGGGAAUAUCAAUACCGUUGAUGGUUGUGCCACAUUUUUCCGCCGAGAUAGAUUCGCACAUGUUAAAAAAUAUGAGGUUGAGUUCAACAAAGCUGCUCAAUCUUUGACUGAAGCCGUAGUUCCCAGUGCCCAAAAGAAGACCGCACUAAAUCGUUUGGUUAAGGAUAAUAUUGCGCUUAUUGUGGUUCUGGAAGCAAAGUUCAAUAAUGAGGGGGUUGACAACCCUGGGAAGCGUCAACUUGUUUGUGUGGCUAACACACAUGUAAAUGUUCAUCAAGAGUUAAAGGAUGUUAAACUUUGGCAGGUUCACACACUUUUAAAAGGACUAGAGAAAAUUGCUGCUAGUGCUGACAUUCCAAUGCUGGUCUGUGGUGAUUUUAAUUCAGUUCCUGGAAGUGCUCCUCAUGCACUUCUUGCACUGGGGAAAGUUGAUCCCAUGCAUCCAGAUUUAGCAGUGGACCCUCUUGGUAUUUUGCGUCCAGCCACAAAGUUAAUGCAUCAACUGCCAUUGGUAAGUGCUUACACAUCCUUUGCCCGAAUGCCUGUGGCCCUUGGAUUAGAGAAGCAACGGAGGAGGCUGGAUCCUAGUACGAAUGAACCUUUGUUUACAAACUGCACCAGAGAUUUUAUUGGGACUCUUGAUUAUGUAUUCUAUUCUGCCGACUCUGUAACUGUUGAAUCGUUGUUAGAGCUCUUGGAUGAGGAAAGCUUGAGAAAAGACACAGCACUUCCUUCUCCAGAGUGGUCCUCUGAUCAUAUAGCACUCUUAGCUGAGUUUCGCUGCAAGCCUAGAACUAGGCGCUGACAAUAGGUCUUGCUUGAGGGAUGAACUUGAAAAUAGAAACACAAAACAAUCCAAAGGACAAAUAUAAGUCAUUGUAAGAAUAGUAGCUGAUGAUAUGGCCCCCUGCCUUCUUUUUUCGGUGUCCAUGGUGGGAUAGCUGUUGAUCCUUGUAUUAUACUACCGUUAUCAUCACAUAGAAAAUUAUGAUAGUUCUACAUUUUGAAUAGUCACUGGCAAUUUGCGUCGAUGUAUGUUCUUUAGAAUAAAAGCACAGUUAGAAUAGAGUUACAGACUUGAGUAGACAGAAGUUUAGGGGCAGAGGAAGAAAAUUGGUUCAGUGUUGUGGAUUUAACUUCCCCAUGACUUUUGCUCAUGUGGUCGAUAGUUGAUUUUUACCAUGAAGGUCGAUUGGAAA